AUGGGCAGCGCUGCCGGCGCCCAGAAAAGAUUCGUCUACAAGAACAAACAAGGAAAAGUUCGAGACAACCUGACGCUCCCAACUUUGGGUGAUGCCAACCAAGCCUCAAGUAGCACCCCUGCACCGCCAGAGCUGGCUGAGGCUCAGGCGCGUGGCAGCAUUUCACCGCAGAGCGUGCGGCGUCACACGGUGCAGGAUGUGAAGCAGAGGCUUCUCGAAACCGGCUUGAGGCAAGACGAAGUUGAUGUUGCCUUGCUGCGUGUGGCAGCAUCCAUGAUACAGGAUGCUGGCGUGGCAGCCCAGGCAGCCCAGGCGCUGCGAAGGGCAAGCACCUCCGAGCAGUCUCAGGACAUGGGUCUCAUGGAUGCGUCCGAGAUCUUGAACUGCAUAGAGGAGCAAGCAGGCGUCCUGCCGAAGAUCACGAUGCCAGCCGGCAGCCAAAACAGGCAAGGCAAAGGCUUUGCCACAUGGAUGGAGCGAUGCGAAGCGCUCCUCGAGGAACAAGACGAGGCCAACUACUUGGCCAAGAAACAGUUAGCAGCUCAAGUCAGAGCCUAUCUUUCAAACUGCGCCGAAACGCAUGAAAAGGAGCAGCUCUUUAUGCGCCGGAGGGUAGGUGAGAUGCUUGGCGACGAGCUCGGAAGGUAUGAGGACCGAGCUCCGUCAAAGUUCAGCAGCAUAGCCACGCCCACUCCGAAGUCGCAACGCGGAGAAGAGGAGGAUGAAGAUGAGGACGAGGAGUUGCAGAUUGAGGACUCCUGGAACUCUGCCAUGGUCAGAGCAAAAAGUGUGAAACCUGCAGUCAAGAAAGAACGAGCGGAAGGGCUAGACAUGACAGCCGACGAACUGUUCCAAAAGCUCCUUGCACGAAAAUCCCGGAUGCCAAUCUCAAAGAGGUACGUGCACAGGUGUCUGGACAAGUUUGUGCAGGCUUGGACAGACAGGUACGGCAGGUAUGCAUCUUUGCUACCUGACGUGGAAGUUCCUUUUGGGGGACAGACCGUGGUUGUAGGUGACACACACGGCCAGCUUGAAGAUGUCCUAACCAUCUUCCUUGCGCACGGCACACCCUCCAAUCGCAACAGGUAUAUCUUCAAUGGUGACAUUGCAGACCGAGGUCCAAAUGCAUGCGAGAUCUUUUUGCUUCUCUUUGCUUUCUUCAUCGAGGAUCCAGACAGCGUGGUUAUCAUUCGUGGCAAUCAUGAGGAUGAAGAGAUGAACAAGCUUACUAGUGAAGAGGGCGGCGGCUUCCAUGAUGAAGUUCUGAAGAAGUACACCGGUGGUGUGUUCAUGAAGUUCGAGGCAAUUUACAAAAUGUUUCCGCUUGCCGCGGUUGUGCAACAGGAGCUCUUCAUCGUGCACGGAGGAUUAGCCCGCAAUGCCAAGUCAAAUCUGAGUCUUCCCUUCGUUCGUGACAUUGACGCUGGAGUCGUCAGCUGCCCACACGGAGGCUGCUAUCCAUUGUGCCUUGAAGAGCAGGUGUUCCAGGAUCUUCUGUGGUCUGAUCCCCAGGAAAAGCUGGGUUGGGAGGCCAACCCAAGAGGUGCUGGCAUCAAGUGGGGGCCUGAUCUCACUGCGGCAUUCCUGAAGCGAACAGGAUUGAAGUGGAUCAUUCGGUCACACCAGCUGCCGGAGGACAAGCGCGGCUUCAGCACACACCAUUUGGGCCUUGUCUACACCCUGUUCAGUGCCAGCAACUACUGCGGGACUUCAGGAAACAAGGGCGCCGUUUGCUUGCUGGAGCUUCGCCCCAGCAGCACCAUCAGCAAUGAGGAUGGCUGCUGCCUGGCCGCCCGCUUCGAGGAGCACUACGCUCCGGCAUUAGAGCAAGGCAAGUUGAAGGAGAUUGCAGAGCUUCCUGACAUUGGUGCACGAAAAGCAGCCUUGGAGGAAGCAGGGGCUGCCCGCGCAUCGGAGGACAUCCAAAAGGUCGGCCAGCGACAGGAGCGCGCAAUUCUUCAUCGUAUGGCUGGGAGAGUCGUCGAACUUCGACCAGAGCUUUGGGAGGAUUUUCGCAAGUGCGAUGACAAGCGCACUGGCAAAGUCACCUUUGCGUCGUGGUGUGACAUACUGACAUCCGUUUGUGGCGAGAACUUUCCAUGGUCCAUGGGCGGCGAGCUGUGGGGCAUCAUAGAAGUGGACGACGAGGAGGAGCAGGCUGAGCAGACACACAGUCCCAAAGGAAAACGGCAUGUCGACUAUCGACGUUUUCUACACCGCUUCGACGUAGGCGUCAACAAAGAGAAAUGGGUGGGUUGGAAGACCAUCCUUAUGAAGGAUGCCUAUGAGGCUUUAUAUUGUCGAGAUUCUGACCUGAAAGCAACAUUGGCUCUUUUUGAUCCAGAACAAACUGGCAAAGUCAGCGUGCAGAAUUUCUUGAAGGUACUCCAGAGCGAAGUGGAAGUCGACGACAGCCCUGGCCAGCGGACAUCACAUGUGCUCAGCACGUCUCAGCUGCAGUCUUUGGCACACGGGCUUUUCCCAGCCGAAGAUGAAGAUGAAGAUGCUCCAGCCGAGCUGAGCGUGCACGAGUUCUUCGAAAGGUUUACAGUAAUUUACCGACAGGCCAAAGCUAUGACAGGUGACGAUCCCCUGGCCGAGUGGAGGGAUGCGCUGAACCACAUUGGUCAUCUGCUUCUUAAGAGGGACCGCCUGUCCAACCAGCCAGGCAUUACUCGAGUAAAAACUGGCGCCAGCGUGCACUCACGCAAGACCGUUUUUCAGGUGCAACGCUUGGCCCACCAGUUUGAGAAAGGCGACGAGUCUGGGGAUGGACUGCUCACUCGGGCCGAGCUGGUGGACUAUCUCAAAGGACUGGAGGGAAUCGACGGCGUGAUGCACAAGGGCCACAUCAUCAGCGACGCAGACUUAGAGGACAUGGCGCUGCAGCUCGACCAGCUCAGUGGCCGUGAAACUGGCCAGGUCAACUGGUUCAGCUUCCUCGAGGCCUUCAUCGUCGAGCGGCCAUCUGGGCAGGACUUCGAUGCAGCUGAGGAGUUCAUGUGCGAACACAUCCUGAGCUUCUUGUACCGGCACAGGCAUGCAGUUUGCUGCGGCUGCCAUGAGGCAGACUCAUCGCUUACGGGCCGCAUAAGCUCUGGCGCGUUUGCAGAGGUCCUCAGAGGCAUUGACAUAUCUUUGGCGAAGCAGCGUAGAACAUUCAGUGAUGUUCAGAUCGAUGGGCUGGCAGAAUCACUUGGUGAGGAAGAUGGAAGUUUUUCGUAUUUUGAGUUAUUGCAGGCUCUCAUGGUCAGAGACGCUGAGAAAAGCGGCUCGCAGCUCUUGCAGUGA